CGGGCGGGCGGCGCAAUGUCAGCCGCUCUUUAUAUCCUCUCGACCAUCGGCGGUUACGUGGUGACCACCACUCUGCUCUUGAAGUGCCCGUCUCUGCUCCACAGCAAAAAGAAGCAGAGCUUCAAGUGCCGACACAUCUCGCACCGGGGAGGUGCUGGCGAGAACUUGGAGAACACAAUGGCAGCUUUUAGACACGCCGUAGCCUUGGGAACUGACAUGUUGGAGCUGGACUGUCACAUGACGAAAGACGAGCAAGUGGUGGUGUCGCAUGACGACAACCUGAAGAGGGCAACUGGGGUCAACGUGAGCAUUGCCGACCUCAAGUUCUCAGAACUACCUCCAUACCUUUGGAAGCUGGGCAUUUCCUUUCAGAAAGAGUGCUGCUGCGAGGGCGGUGAUGACAAGCGCAUUCCACUGCUGAAGGAAGUCUUUGAAGAGUUUCCAAACACACCCGUCAAUAUCGACAUUAAAGUCAACAAUGACGUCCUUAUUCAAAAGGUUUCAGAACUGGUGAAAGAAUAUAACCGCCAGGACCUCACCGUCUGGGGAAAUGCCAGCGAUGAUGUAGUGAAGAAAUGUUAUAAAACAAACUCGACUAUCCCAAUCCUCUUCAGUCUCCAGCGAGUCCUGCUGCUGGUUGGGUUAUUCUACACAGGCCUCUUGCCAUUUUAUCCCCUGCGGGAGCAGUUCCUCGAGAUUCCCAUGCCUUCAAUUUUGCUGAAACUGAAAGACCCCAGCAAGCUGACCAGGAGUCAGAAGUUUAUAACCUGGGUUGCAGAUGCUUUAUUGAUGAGAAAAGCUUUAUUUGAGCAUCUCAAAGCAAGAGGAAUCCAGGUUUACAUAUGGGUCCUCAAUGACGAGGACGACUUUAAAAGGGCCUUUGACCUGGGCGCCACAGGUGUGAUGUCUGACUACCCGACCAGGCUGAAGAAGUUCAUGGAGCUGUACUUCCCAAAGGAGCAGUAGGAGCCGAGAGCAGGGCCAGCUCAAAGCCAAGGGAAAAUUCAUCCACGGAGCUUGCUCUACUUUCGAAGCCUGCUAACCCGAACUGGCUGCCAACCCAGGGAUAUGAACCAACCCGCUUACCUCAGGAAAAGGGGCAGUAACAGUAGGGAUAGUCCUCUCAUUAACUGUACAUAAUGUGCACAGAGUUGAAUCUAGUUUCAAAUAAUUGCAAUGGUUUAAUACAUCGAUGCAUUUCAAGAGAUCGAAAGAAGCGAUAGCUCAGAUAAUACCUUGCAAGGAAACUUCCCUCUUACCUUUCCCUCCCUCCCUCUCCGCUCAAAAAAGAUUAUUGCUGCAGAUCAGUUUUGAAGCUGCUGGUGGGAUAAAUGUUUAAUGAGCAGCAAUAAUGAAACAUUGAGCUUAUCUGUACUGCUCCGAGCGUUGGAAAGAUCAUCUGCCAUGAAUUAAUAAUUCUCCAGAGCAGGCUUGGCGGGCUGAAUGGCCAACUUCCUCCAUUCCCGCUGUCCUGUGGCAUCCCUGGAUGAGGGAAUGCAGUAGAAUGAAAGUGUGUGUGUAGUGAGGGAGGCUCAGAGCAGGUAACUUCAUCUGGGAAUGAAAUUAGUGUUAUUUGCCGUUCUCCCAGCGACUCCUGCCUUGUGGAGAGCUUGAUGAGAUCAGAGUUAUUUUAUUCUCCCCCCCCCUCCCCACCGAUACCCUUUCCUCAUGAGGAACAAUGAUACAAAAUGAACGUAAUGUGUUUUCUUUCUUGUCGCCUUGUCACAUUAUUCUGUUCUGUUGACGGUGCAGUUCCAUCUCCGCGUGGCUCACAGCCUCGAGUCUGAAGCACUUCCCUGAAGGAGGUCUGUCAUUGCAGAGUACAAAGCUUUGAAACGCCCUCCCGAUGCGAAAGGCGCUUUAAAGAAUCCUCUAAAGGCACUUUAGAGGAUGACUGUUGUCAUUCACCUGUCCCCAGGCAAUAACUGAAUUAAAACGCAAAGUACUGCAGAUGCUGGAAAUCUGAAACAAAAACAGAUCACUGGGAAUGCUCAGCAGGUCAGGCAGCAUCUAUGGAGAGAGGAACAAAAUUGCUGCGUUCGCAAACCUGUGGAGUUUUCUUUGGCAUUAGCAAUGGCAAAGACGCCCCUUUUUCAGAACAGUAACAUUUGGAUCCUGAAGACAAAUUGAAAGUGAAAGCCUCUCGAGCCCCUCUCCAAUGCAUCCUGUGCCUGAACCCAAAAUGUGGGGCCAUCCCCCUCUCUUUAUCCUUCUCCUGCCCUCCCCGCGCACGCACCCACCCACCCACCCAUCCAGGCUGUGGAAACUUGAUAUUCUCACAAGCGAUGCAAUUUGUGCAGAAAAGAUAACCUAUUGACCCAACUUGCAGUAAGGCUGCUUGCUUAUUGGGGCAAAGUUUCCCACUGGGUUUGUUGCUUUCCAAUAUCCUGUGUAUGGUUUUCAACCAACUUUUAACUGCCUCAGACUUGGAGUGGGGGUGGGGGAGAUCGGGGAGAGUAAAGGUGAGGAGUGGGGGGGGGGGGCGGCGGAAAAUUGUUGUUAUUAAUGAGCUGCGUCUGGGUGGGUGAAUCGCCAGCACGAGGCUGCUAACAUUGGACUCGCUGCAACUCGGCAUAGGAUGUCCCGAGUUCCUUUAGACACGUGCACUUUCUGUUUACAUUCGUUGUACAUUUCAUUUCGCGUGAUGCUGUUCAUCGGGGAAAACCCUUUUUUUGUUGUUGUAAAUUUGAGGUGCGGCUGCUUCGUUCGGGAAGGUUCGAACCUGCUGUAGAUUAUUUUGUUUCCGCGCUGGACAUUCACGUGUCCAGGACAUGGUGACGGCUGCUGCUUAGCGGCAACUUGUAAAAACUGCAUUUGCUUUUAGUCCUUAGCUCAUCUAGCAUGUGUUUCCUGGUUUUUAACUCGAUGGUAGUUGUAUAAAACUUUUGAAUCUGUAUUUAACGGAUAGAUCAAUGCAGUAUUAAACUUUAAAAAAAAUAAUAUUUUAAGCACAA